CUUUUUUUUUUUUUUUGGAGAGGGCGGGUAGGGGGAAGCAUAAAAAGGGGAACGACGACUCGCCGAUUUCCCGCGGGACACCCGCCGCCGCUGCCGCCGCCAACAAACAACGAGACGACGACGACGACGAGUACGGGUUUAACGACGGUCGCCUGCUCGAACAUCUACACUCCCCGCCCGCCAUGGGGUCCACACUCCAAAACGUCGCCCUCCCACUCUCUAUCAUAUGCGUCCUCUUUUUCGCAUGUCUGGCUUUGGGAAUUGCGCGAUGGCGAUCGAAAAAGGGUAAAAAAGAGGAUACAGAGUUUUUCUUGACUGCGCGAAAGUCUGUGUCGACGGGUCGUAUUGCUUGGAGUUUUUUUGCGAGUGCGACUGGGUCUUGGGUGGUAUUUUCGUUACCGGCUUAUACGGCGGAUCCAACAUAUGGUGCUGGGUACAUUGGAUUGAUUUGCUAUGCCGUCGCGAUUGGUGUUCCGCUUGUCCUGGUUGCGCAUGUUGGACAACAUAUUCGGGAUAGGCACCCCCAGAUCAUGUCAUGGGGAGAUUUUGCUAGACGCCGGUUUGGUCGCACUACGCAGAUAUAUGUCACCCUCGUCGUGCUCCUCAACAUGGCCAUUAAUCUCACCGCUGAAUAUACAGCCGUAGGCGCCCUCUUUGCCUCGGUCCUCGGCCUGAACCGUCUCAUUCCCAUCAUCAUUGUCGGAGUCGUGACCAUGUUGUACACAGCAGCAGGUGGUCUGUACGUAUCGAUUGUCACGGACCAAUUCCAGGGCAUGUUUUCGCUUUUGCUGUUGAGUGUUACGAUGGUGUACAUUGCUGUGACGUUUCGGUUACCGGACCCUCGCCCUCCGUUGCCGCCAAACUUGGAUGCAAACUAUGCGGGUUGGUCGUCGAUUGUGACAAUGGGUGUGUCCUUGACGGCAGCGACCUUUUAUUCGGAUGCUGUUUGGCAACGCGUGUGGGCUUCCGCUGAUGCACGUACACUCCGCCGCGGCGCGGCGAUUGGAGCCUGCAUGGCCACCACAGUCGCUUUCCUCUUUGGCUUUGGCGGGUUCCUGGCCGGAUGGGUUGGAUACAUUGGUGCCGACUCCAAUCUCGCGUUCUUUGAUUUGAUCACAAAGGGCGGAACUACCAACGAUACAUGGAUUGUGAUCCUUGUUGUCCUGAUUGCUGUAACAAUGAACGAAUCCGCCGUUGAUUCGUUCCAGAAUGCGUUAACGGAUACCGUCGUUUCCCUUGCCAUGACACUCGGUCUCCCCCGCUUUCCAUUAUGGGCUGCCCGGUCUUCGGUGGUCCUCAUCAAUAUCCCGAUCGUUGUCGUGGCCUUGCAAGGAUAUAACAUCAAUCAAUUGUAUUUGAUUACGAAUAUGGUCACGUCCACAUCGACGUUACCGUUGCUAUUGGGGCUUGUCCGACCGUUGGAAGGAUACGUCCAUGGUCGGUCGGUCUUGUUUGGAUGCAUCUUUUCGUUCUUUUCCGUCGCGACGUAUGGGGCGAUAAAAAUGGGCAACUUUGCCGACGGUGUCCGGCAAUACUUUUAUUUGGUCUAUGACUGGCCGCCUUUUAUCAUUGCGUUGGUGGCUUCGAUGGUUGGUGUCGCUCUUGCCGUGUUUGUGGAAUUGGCUGUUAGGAAGGUGCUUGGGUGGCCUUUGCGGGUAGUCCACCACCCAGCACCAGAUGUUGAGACGGUUCAUGUAGGGAGGGGGGAUUCUACUGCCACCCUGGCUGACAAGAACGAACGGGAGGAUUAAUGGACAUGUACACUUAACUGGACAGGCAUGUACAACUUUGUUGGGUGGUCUGUAGAUAGGUGUAAGGUUCCCGCGGGAAGGGGAUGUUCCUUUUACUUUUUUACAUAGCAACUUUUUACAUUUUGACAAGUUUAUAAAAGAAAAGAACCCUUUGAAACGA